GCCCCUGCUGUAGCCCAGAUUGCAAAUAUUUCUCAAUGGGAAAGCUGUGCCAAGCUGAGACUGAGUGCCUGUGGGAGAGCACCUGCCUGGGAAACGCCGCCUCCUGCCCUGUCCCUGUACCCAAGGCCAACUUUACUCCAUGUCUCAUGGGAGCUCAGAUCUGCCUUGAUGGGAGCUGCAGAGGUUCGCUGUGCCUCAACCAUGGUUUGGAACCCUGUGAAUGUGUCAGCAUCUCCCCAUGGGAGCAGUGCCACCUUUGCUGCCAGAAGCCAGGCCGGCCCCGGACCUGUGCCAGCACCACAUCCUCCCUGCUGAGGUCCGAGUUCAACGGCAGCCGGGUUCCACUGACCCCCGGCACAGCGUGCAAGGGCCGCCAGGGCUACUGUGACAAGUUUCACAUCUGCCGCCUGGUGGACGAGGAUGGGCCAAUGGCCAGAGUGAAAAAUGCCAUCGUAGGCUUCAUGGAGCUGGAGGACCUGGCUUCCUGGAUGAAGGUGAGGGCUCCCAGCUGGCAGCUCACCUGCUCUGGGAAUCUUCCCACCGUCUUUUUUCUGCUCUAGCAAAAAAAAAAAAAAAAACCCAUAUCUGAAAAGAAGACUCAGGGUAUUUCAACUUCCCCUGUUGGAAGGGCUAGCUUGGGGAAGAGGGAUGUCAUCAGGGAAUCCCUUUUCCAUGUGGAUCUCUUCCUUGCUGAUGACAAAUGCCCCAGGUACAAAAAUUAAAAAAAAAAAAAAAAAUUGACUCCAGGGGCCGCUAGGUGGCGCAGUGGAUAAACACCAGCCCUGAAGUAAGGAGGACCUGAGUUCAAAUGUAGACUCAAAUACAACACUUUCUACCUGUGUGACUCUGAGCAAGUCACUUAACCCCAAUUGCCUCAUCAAAAAAAAUUAUUUAUAUAUAUAUAGAUAGAUAGAGAGAGAGAGAGAGAGAGAGAGAGACUCCAUUUCUUCAAGAGUUCAAAGGAAAAUGUCUAUUAGUAUCUUAUUUAUUAUUACUUUGCACAUUCUUUCUGAAAUUUCCAUGCCACGUUCUUAUAUAGUUGUUCUCUAAUAAUCUUUAGCUUCCUUUUUUUAUUUUAUUGGAAGGCCAAUAAUUCCCUCCAUAUUUAGCUGAUCACAGUUUCCUAAUUUCCUCCUUUUUGUUUAAAAAAUAUGAGGUCUUCCAGUUAACUGUUUCAAUUUUUUGUGCUUCUUUUAUUUCUCUAUAUUUUGUUUUGGUUUUGCCCAAGCCCUCAGUCUCUGUGACUAGUACUUUAUGAAACUCCCCUGCCUCUCUAAGACCCCAUCUUUUCUAUAUUUUAAAUUCUCAUUAUCUAAUUUCUAGUCAUAUAUUCUGUUAUCUGUUACCAUGAUUCAGAAUUCCCUUGGCAUCCACACCAACGCUGGCUAUAUCUUUUCCUACAACUCUGAUAUACAGGGACAAAAAAAAUGAUCCCUACUCCCCAUUGUUGCUUUCAGACCCUCCCCGUACUCCCCUUAAAGUUUACCCAUCCUCUCUAUGCUCUGUUGCUAUUCUCUAUAGAUUUCCCCCUCUCUCCUUUCCCUUUCCUGCAAUAAUUUCAGCACUUGGCUUACAGUCUUCUCAUCACCUGCCAUCCAGUUCUGUUGUUUUGUCAACUUUCUUAGCUUCCAUGUCCUCAGUAUUAUUCACACUCCUAUGUCCUCAGUCUCAUACCACUCACAAGAGAAGUCAUGCUUUAGAAUACCUGCUUUUAGAAAGCAGAAUACAACAAAAUCCACCAAAUCUUUUAUUUGUCUUUGCAAAGAGAAACUGGAAGUCAUCUUUCCCUAUAGUUGUCACUUCCCAUUCUUCAUUUUAGGUAUAGUGAAAAUGUUAAGAUUAAUAUUAUUUCAGUUUUCCACUCACUGGUCAUUUAAUGAAAAUCUCACAUGUGGAGUGACAAAGUUAAAUUCAUAUUUAGAAAUAGUCUUUAAAAGUGUGAUUUUUAUCACUGUGCAGCCAUCGUGGCAGAAGAAAAAAUGGGCUGCAUAGAACUGAGGUCUAUUUUGUAUUUUUUGUUUCAUAGGUUGCAGUAGCCAAAAAAUCUAUCACCAAGUGUCCACCUUACUUACUAGUGAUGAAUUUGUCCCCAGGUAUCUAUGUUGGUCCUCAGAAACCAGACACAAGUUUUUGUUCUUGAAGCCUUUCCAGCAUGUUUAAAAACUGUUAGAGGUAGAAUUCUCCUGGCCUAACAUUCCAGCCCCUAGAGUUACUUCAAUGCUAUGAUGAAGGACAGGAAGAGAAAUUUAUGGAGAGUAGAUGACAUAAAUUUGCAGCUGUCUCUGAAAGGAUGGCUUUGUGAUUUUCCCCUGUGGUGUCUGAUAACAUUUAUUUAGAAGGAAAACCCAGGUUUGAGGUUUGACAAGAACACAUCACCAGGUCUCGAUUUUCUUUUUUCUUUUUUUUAAAUUUUUAAUAGUAUUUUAUCUUUUCCAAAUACAUGUAAAGAUAAUUUUCAACAUUCAUUUUUGUAAGAAUUAGUGUUCCAAAUUUUUUCCCUCCCUUGUUAACUUCUAUCUUCCGCAGAGACAGCAAGUAAUCUUAUGUAAGUCAAAUAUCUGUAAUUCUUUUAAACAUAUUUGCAUAUUUAGCAUGUUGUGCAAGAAAAAUCAAACCAAAAGGGAAAAAAACACAAGAGAGAAAACAAACAAGUCCAAAUGAUCCACAUUCAGUUUCCAUAGUUCUCUCUCUGGAUGCAGAUGGUAUUUUCCAUCCCAAGUCUAUUGGGAAUGCCUUGAAUCACCUCAUUGUUGAAAAGAGUCAAAUCCAUCAUAGUUGACCAUUUACUGAUCAAUUAUUGUGUAGAACGUUCUCUUGGUUUUGCUCAUUUCACUCAGCAUCAGUUCACGUAAGACUCUCCAGGCCUCUCUCAUCCUGUUUAUCAUUUCUUGCAGAACAAUCACAUUCCAACACAUUCAUAUACCAUAACUUAUUCAGCCAUUCUCCAACUGAUGGGCAUUCACUCAGUUUCCAGUUUCUUGCUAUUACCAAAAAUGCUACCACAAACAUUUUUGCAUACAUUGGUCUUUUUCCCUCUUUUAUAAUCUCUUUGGUGUACAAACCCAGUAGUAGCACUGCUGGAUCAAAGGGUAUGCAGUUUUUUUUUUUAAUUUUCAUUUUAUCCAGUUACGUGUAAAAACUUUUUUCUUAUACAUAUACAUUCAUUUUUUGCAUAUUUCCAUAUGUAUCACAUUGGGAGAGAAAAAUCAGAACAGAAGGGAAAAACCACAAGGAAAAAAAAGAUAAAAAUAGUUUGUGUUUAUCUACAUUCAGUCUCUAUACUUCUCUCCCUGGAUGCAGAUGGCAUUUUCCAUCGAAAGUUUAUUGGCAUUGCCUUGGAUCAUGAACUACUGGGAAGAACCAAGUCUGUCAUAAUUGAUCAUAGUACUAUCCUGCUUUUGUUGUGUAUAAUGUUUUCCUGGUUUUGAUUGCUUCAGAAAGUGUCAAUUCAAAUCUUUCCAAGCCUUUCUAAAAUCAGCCUGUUCAUCAUUUUUUUUAUAGAAAAAUAAUAUCCCAUUACUUUUUUAUGCCAUAAGUUAUUCAACCAUUCCCCAAUCAAUGGGCUUCUAUUGGUUGCCACCACAAAAAUAGCAUCUGCAAACAUUUUUGGAUAUGUGAAUCCUCCUCCCGCAGUAUGUACAAUUUUAUAGUCCUUAGGACAUAAUUCCAAAUUGCACUCCAGAAUGGCUUGAUCAAUUCACAAUUCCAUCGACAAUGCAUUAGUAUCUCAGUUUUGCCAUAUCCCCUCCAAAAAGCAUUCAUCAUGAGGGAAAACUGGGACACUGAUGCAUUGUUGGUGGAGUUGUGAACGAAUCCAACCAUUCUGGAGAGCAAUCUGGAAUUAUGCCCAAAAAGUUAUCAAACUAUGUAUACCCUUUGAUCCAGCAGUGCUACUACUGGGCUUAUACCCCAAAGAGAUACUAAAGAAGGGAAAGGGACCUGUAUGUGCCAAAAUAUUUGUGGCAGCCCUGUUUGCAGUGGCUAAAAGCUGGAAAAUGAAUGGAUGCCCAUCAAUUGGAGAAUGGCUGGGUAAAUUGUGAUAUAUGAAUGUUAUGGAAUAUUAUUGCUCUGUAAGAAAUGACCAGCAGGAUGAAUACAGGGAGGCUUGGAAAGACUUACAUGAACUGAUGCUGAGUGAAAUGAGCAGAACCAGGAGAUCAUUAUACACUUCGACAAUGAUAUUGUAUGAGGAUGUCUUCUGAUGGAAGUGGAUUUCUUUGACAAAGAGACCUAACUAUUAUAUCCUCACAUAAAUACAUAAAUUAUACAUAAAAAUCCAGCCUAUUUUGACAUCAUUUGACAUUACAGAAGAGAUUGUCCACCAGUUACUCAUUGUUCUCAUCAUAUUCCUGACCUUUAUUUUUUUUCCCCAAUCAUAUAUCUUGUUCUUUUAAACCAUUUUUUUUCCUGUAUCAGUUAUAUGUCACUUUUACUCACAUAUAUGAUACACUUUCUCAUUGCCCUUUAGAUGAUCCUCAACUAGAUUUUUUGAGAAAUUGCCGUAUUUUAUGAUGCUUAGCCACAGAAUAAUAAUCGAAAAACAUAUAUGCUAAAAAGGUUGGCCUUUGUUUCUGGGGAAAUUUUAGGAUUAUUAAAAGCACAAUUUGAUUUCAUUGUUAAGAAAAAAAUCUCUCAUAUUCUGUACAAUAAAUAUUAGAUUUUUGUUAUUAAAAAAAAAAAGACAAAGAGACCUAACUGAGUUUCAAUUGAUAAAUGAUGGACAGAAGCAGCUACACCCAAAGAAAGAACACUGGGAAAUAAAUGUGAACUAUUUGCAUUUUGUUUUUCUUCCCGGGUUAUUUUUACCUUCUGAAUCUAAUUCUCCCUGUGCAAAAGAGAACUGUUCGGUUCUGCAAACAUAUAUUGUAUCUAGGAUAUACUGCAACAUAUCUAACAUAUAUAGGACUGCUUGCCAUCUGGGGGAGGGGGUGGAGAGAGAGGGGAAAAAUCAGAACAGAAACGAGUGCAAGGGAUAAUGUUGUAAAAAAAAAAAAAAUUACCCUGGCAUGGAUUCUGUCAAUAUAAAGUUAUUAUUAAAUAAAAUAAAAUAAAAUUUUUUUUAAAAAAAAGCAUUCAUCAUUAUCUUUUCCUGUCAUCUUAGCCAAUCUGAGAGGUGAGGUUAACCUCAGAAUUGUCUUCAUUUUCAUUUUCUAAGCAAUAGUGAUUCAAAGCACUUUUUCAUAUGACUAGAAAUAGUUUUCAUUUCUUCAUCUGAAAAUUGUCUGCUCGUAUCCUUUCACCAUUUGUCAAGUGGGGAAUGACUUGUAUUCCUAUAAAUUUGAGUCAAUUCUCUGGACCUCAAUUUUCUAUUCUGCAAAAUGGGGAUUAUAUUACUUGCAGUAUCAAUCUCAUGUGAUGAAUAAUUAGUAUUGAAAAAAAAUUUUAAUCUGAAUAUUUUCCCUUCAGACUCGUUGGUGGGCCAUUCUGCUGGCCAUCCUGACUAUAGCGGCAAUGAUGUCCUUCACUGUGUUCUUUUUUGGAAAAACUGCAGACAGUGAAACAGGUAAAAUUAAAAACAAAUAAAUCAAAAUAAGGCACAAGUCUGAUUGGGAAUCCCAAGUUGAGGAUGAAGAUGGGAGGCAAUUGCCCCCAAAUUCUGACCCCUUAAUUUUUCUAUUUUCCCUUCCUCUUUCCUUAAGGAAUGGAAAUGACGAACAGGGCCAAGGAGUUGGUCAAGCCACAGUCUCAUCUGACUGUGACCCAUUGGGAGUGGACUGAAUUCUACACUGAGACUACUUGUGUGGAGGAGACAAGGAUUGAGCAGGUCACAGUGGGCCAGUGAGUCUUGCCUUACUCAUGGUGCCAUCCCACUGACUCAUCGGUGAAGGAAACAAGGAUUUAUCCAUAGGGCAUAGAAUCAAAGCAGUGGAGCAUAGUGGAGAAAAAUGGGAUGGGAUGCAGUAUCUUCUUUACCAUUUACUUAAAUCUGAGAUCCUAGGCAAAGCCGUUACAUUCUCUAAGCUUCAGUUUCCUGCCUUUGUAAGAUGAAGGAGUUUGGACUCGUUGGUUUCCAAGGCUGUGUCCAACUUCAACAUUUCCUGAAAUUGUCAAUGCAUAUUUAAUUCUUUUAGGACAAGAAAUCUGGGCUAGCAGGAUGCAAGGAUGGUAGAAUUUCAGAACCCAGUCCUUGGGAUCACCCUUCCUUGAAGACUUCUCUGAUCAUACAAUUUUCAUAGAAUUUAGACAGUAAAUAAACAUUCUAAGGAUUGAGCUAAGGGGCAGGGAUACAAAAAGAGGCAAAAGACACUCCUCCCUCAACAAGUUCAUAAUCUAAAGGGAAAUAUGGAUUUAGAACUGGGAGGAUCCUUUAGGACCAUGAAUGUCAGCAUUAGAAGAGACAUGGGAUAUCAGAGCUGGGAGGGCCCUUAGAAUAAUUUGUUGUUACUGGGAGAAACUUUAGAACAUAUAACAUCAGGACUCAGAAGGUCUUUGGAAUAUCAGAGCUGGUAGUGCCUUAAAAAAGAAUGUAAGAGCUAGGAGGACACUUGGAAUACAGAAUGUCAGAGGGAGAAGGUCCCUUAGAACCCAGGAGGUCAGAGCUGGGAGGGCCCUUAGAACCAGAAGGUCAGAGCUGGGAGGGCCCUUAGAACCCAGGAUGUCAGAGCUGGAAGGGCCCUUAGAACCCAGGAGGUCAGAGCCGGAAGGGCCCUUAGAACCCAAGAUGUCAGAGCUGGAAGCGCCCUUAGAACCCAGGAUGUCAGAGCUGGGAGGGCCCUUAGAACCCAGGAUGUCAGAAUUGGGAGAGCCCUUAGUACACAGGAUGUCAGGGCCAGGUGGAUGUUUAGGACACAGGAUGUUAAGAGGUAGGAGGGCCUUUAGAGACACAGCUUUCUUCAAUAAGGAUUUUCCCAGUGGCUCAAUGACUGAGAGUACACAGCAAUGACAUUAUGUAGAGAAGGUCCUGCCUUUACAGCCAGGACUCUGUCACUACUCCAUAUUGCCAAAUUAUCCUACCUUGUCUCAUCCUCAUGUUUAGUACCCCCAAGCUGGAUACCCCCAAGUGUCCCCUCAGGGAAAGGACUAAAUCUUUUACUUCUUGUCUCUGUCUCCCAGGCCAAUGCUGGGCACACAAGUAAAUGUUCAACACAAACUUGGGGAAGUAAACUGCGUGUGUCUAGGGGUAUGUAUAGAAGUUCUUGUUAUGAGUGAGAGAAAUAGCUAUUUCAGAUGCCAGAAGAGCCUUUUCCUCUAUCUUGGGAAAGACAGGGCAUUGUAGAAGGGGCUGUGAACAGGGAGCCAGAAGGCUUAGAUUAUGAAUUCCAUCUCUGGCUCUUAUUUUGCCUGGGACUUUGGACAUGUCACUUAUACAUCCUUUCUGAGCCUCAAUUUUUCUCUGUGCUAAAUAAAGAGACUGAACAAGGUUUCUGAGGUCCCUGGCAACUCUAACAAUUUUGAACUGUGAUAUCAUUGGUUUGGGAAUUUCAAGUUGACCAGCACUUACUCUGUAAUGGGACACAGAGUACUUUAUGUUUUGCCCAAGGGUCACACAGUCACUGGUGGAGACCUGAACUUUGACUUUUACAGCAAGCUCUCUGUCCACUAAGGCAGUCUGCAUCUGUAGAAUCAUGAGUGUUCAUAAUCAAAGGCGAGGAAAAGUUAACAGGCUAGGCCACUGAUAGGAAUGUCUCUCAUAGGAACUCACAGGUUUUGUUCUUUACAAUUUUUUAAAUUCAAUUUUAUCUUUAGUUUCAGAUUCUUUCCCUUCUCCAGCUUAUUACUCAUUGAGAAGGCAAAAAAUAUAAAACUCACUAAUAAUAUGAAGUCAUGCAAAAUAAAUUUCUGUAUUAGCAACAUUCUGGGGGGGGGGAGAUGGAAUAAAAAUGUUUCACUUUGCA